AUGAAAUACUUUAACUGGGCUCACGUUGGCAUCAUUGCUUCCAACCAGGAUGUUUGGAUGGACACAGCCAACAAGUUAGCAAGUGCACUCAGGAACGAGGGGCUUCCUGUAGGCAUUGUUACAGCCAUGGGUAAAGGAGAAAAAGGCAUUGAAGACACUUGGAACAAGAUCAAAAAAGUUGGUGGCAUUAAAACUUGUGUUUCAGUUAUACUUCUGUGCAUGCAUUCUGUGCUCAUUGGAGGGGAGGAACAGGCCACCUUGCUCACAAAAGCUCAGGAAAUGGGACUAACAGAUGGAAGAUACGUCCUCAUUCCAUACGACACUUUACUUUACAGUCUUCCUUACCAAAAUAUCUCAUUCUAUGCCCUCGACAAUGACACCAAGCUCCAGGAAGCAUAUGAUGCUGUGCUGACUAUUACACUGGAAUCUGGGAACAGGACUUUUUAUGAUGCAUUCAGGGAAGCUAAAGAAAAUGGUGAAAUAGCCAGGGAGCUGGAAGCUACACAGGUUUCUCCACUCUUUGGGACAAUCUAUGAUGCCAUUUACUUCAUGGCAAUGGCUAUAAGCAGUGCUCGGAAAAAAGGAGCCUGGGUCUCAGGAGUUAACAUAACAGAACACACGAAAAACGUCAGUUUCCCUGGAUUUAGCCAGUGGUUAGAGACAGACAGCUGUGGGAAGUGGCUGAGCAACUAUGUCGUACUGGACACAGAUGGUCAUGGGAGCCAACUCUUCCCAACCCACUUGCUGGACAUGUCUUUAGAGGAUGUGACAUCCCUCGGCCAGGACAUCCACUUUCCCAGUGGAGCCCCUCCCAAAGCAGACUGCAGCUGUUGGUUCGAUCCAGACGUUCUCUGCACUGGAGGGAUUGAGCCUACAAUCAUGAUUUUGGGAGCAAUGCUGGUAUUUGCCCUGGUGCUUUGUGCUGCGGGCCUAGCUUAUCUUAUCAGGCACAGCAUCCUGAACAGCCAGUUAUUCAGGGGGCCUAACAAGAUAAUACUGACCCUGGAUGACCUUAUCUUUAUCAACCCAGAGCUACAUAAAAAGAGGCUGACCUUGGACAGCCUGACUGAUGCAAACAGCGUAGCAGCCGAAACCAGAAGCCAGAAGUCUCCAACCCGCUCCUUUUCCUUGAAAAGCACAGCUGCCACCCACGAAACCUCCAACGUGGCUUUGUAUGAGGGUGACUGGGUGUGGCUGAAAAAAUUUGAGACGGGAGCAAUUCACCAUCUGCGGCAAAGCUCCACCAGCAUCCUGAGGAAGAUGAAAGAUUUGCGUCACGAAAAUGUGAAUCUGUUCCUGGGCUUUUUCUCUGACUGUGGCAUCUUUGCCAUAGUGACAGAGUACUGCUCCCGAGGAAGCCUGGAAGACCUACUGAGAAAUGAAGAUAUGAAGCUGGAUUGGAUGUUCAAGUCCUCCCUCCUGAUGGAUCUAAUUAAAGGAAUUAGGUAUUUGCACCACCGAGAUUUUGCCCAUGGACGUCUGAAGUCUCGUAACUGUGUUGUGGACGGACGGUUUGUGCUGAAGAUCACUGACUAUGGUUAUAACGAGCUCUUAGAAGCACAGAAAUGCCCUUAUAUUCAGCCACCCCCUGAAGAAUUGCUCUGGACAGCCCCUGAGUUGCUGAGGGACCCAGACAUGCGCAGAAAAGGCACAUUCAAAGGAGACAUUUACAGCUUUGCAAUUAUCCUGCAAGAAGUGGUUGUUCGGGGCCCACCAUACUGCACGUCAGACCUCUCAGCGGAAGAAAUUAUAAAGAAGGUGAAGAAACCCCCUCCCUUGUGCCGCCCAAACAUAGCCCCUGAGAUGGCCCCCCUGGAGUGCAUCCAGGUAAUGAAGCAAUGCUGGGGUGAAGCCCCCGAACGACGUCCCACCUUUGAGGAGAUAUUUCACAAGUUCAAAACCAUCAACAAAGGCAAAAAGACCAACAUCAUUGACUCAAUGCUCAGAAUGCUUGAGCAGUAUUCAAGCAACCUGGAAGAUUUAAUCAGGGAGCGGACAGAAGAGCUAGAGAUUGAAAAACAGAAGACAGAGAAACUCCUAUCGCAAAUGCUUCCUCCAUCAGUGGCAGAAGCCCUCAAGACUGGUGGCACUGUGGAGCCUGAGUAUUUUGACCAGGUCACCAUCUACUUCAGUGACAUCGUGGGCUUCACAACCAUUUCAGCCCUCAGUGAACCUAUCGAAGUAGUUGACCUCCUAAAUGACCUUUACACCCUGUUUGACGCUGUUAUUGGAAAUCAUGAUGUUUACAAGGUAGAGACAAUUGGUGAUGCCUACAUGGUUGCCUCAGGGCUCCCAAAACGGAAUGGAAACAAGCACGCAGCUGAGAUAGCCAACAUGUCCCUGGACAUCCUCAGCUCAGUGGGAACAUUCAAGAUGAGACACAUGCCGGACAUUCCCCUCAGGAUACGAAUUGGGCUGCACACAGGGCCUUGUGUGGCGGGCGUUGUAGGUCUGACCAUGCCACGGUACUGCCUCUUUGGAGACACGGUGAACACAGCAUCGCGAAUGGAGUCCACAGGCCUGCCUUACAGAAUUCAUGUCAGCCAAAGUACAGUGGAUACACUUCGGAGUCUAAAUGAAGGCUAUGAAAUCGUACCUAGGGGAAAAACAGAACUGAAGGGUAAAGGAGUAGAAGACACAUAUUGGCUAGUUGGGAAAAAAGGAUUUCUGAAGCCCUUACCUAAACCUCCUGAAAUAAAGCCAGGCCACAACUGGUCAGGCAUGCUGACCAGGAAACUCAAAUUUGUCCUGAGGAACACAAAGAGGACACUGACAAAAGCAACCUUUAAAGAACUGGGGAGCCUGAAGGAGACUGAAAUGAGUCUUGAAGAGGAAGAAAUCUAAGAAGAAUACAGCAAAGAACUAGUAAGAACAGGAUGAACAGCAUGAAGUCAACCCCAGUAGGGAAGUCCAAACCCUCCUUUUAAUUUCCUUCCAUCCAAAAGCAGUAUAAUUGCUGAAGCCUCUUAGCUCUUGCAGGGGAAGAGCCUGAGAAGGCAGAUGAACCCCAAUCACCAUUUCUCAUUGAAACUGGGCACUGGAUCAGAGCUUUAUUCACCAUGGUUCCAUAUGUGGGAUUUUUUGACUGAUGUCCAUUGGAAGGAAAGCAACGGUGCUUUCCUUCAUCAGCACCUCAGUCACAAGGAUGGGCCCGAGGCAUAUUUUAGGUAGGUCAGCGUGGCAGCACAAACAUAUCCAGCUGCACUUGGGUCUGUAUUAGAACAAUAAUGCCAAGUGUUACCUCAUUAACCAUUUUGCAAUAAAUAGGUUUGUUGUUAUAAGAAAUGCUGGUUAAAAAAUAAGAUCAACACAAUUCAGAAUAAAAUGUUUUUGACUACAAGAAAAAAGAUUUUUACUCCCCCACAAAGGGAAAUUUUGAAUCAAAAGGCUUUGUUGCUGUAUGCCAAUUUAAGCUGAAACAUUUUCUUUUGAAUUGACAUUUCAGCUGCAAAUGCCAUUUUAAUGCUAUUUUCAAACUAAAAUGACUGUUUUGAAAUGAAGCAGUUUGGUAUGAAUCAAUAUUUGUUUCCAAAUGCCAAAAUGUGAUCUGAUCAAAAUGCCAAAACAUGUCAUCUUCACAAUCCCAGAUAUCAACUGGAAGAACGUUUUUUUCUUUAUAAACACAUACAUAUAGCAUAUCUAAAACAUUUUAUGCUUUUCAUCCCAGAGCAGGAUGAAAAGAGAAUGUCAAGAUACUGGAAAACUGAGAUGUAGAGAAUGAUGUUCUACAGUCCCUUUAGCUGAGUGAUACUAAUAAGACUAAUGAGUUUUCUUACCUGCAGAAGUGAGGCAAAGGGAAGGAAAAGUUCAUUAUUUAAUCAGUAGAAGAAAAGCCUAAAGCAUCACAGUAUUUUUCCUCCCCGGUCUCUAAGUAGUGUCAAAGCCACUAAUAUCCAAAGUAAGCCUCACAGUGGGUAAAAAUAGCUUCCUACAAAGGGCCAGCAUUUGGCCUGUAGGCACUUCCCACAGAGAACACUUCAUCAGAGUCAAAAAUUUUUAUUGUUGGCCACUUCUUCUUCCAGAUUUUUUACUUCUGUUCACUGUCUGGCUUCUAACAGACUCCUGGAAAUUGUUGUUGUCUCUCCAGCCAGGCUAAAGAGAACUGCAGAUAUGGUAAUUUAAUCAAUAUUACCACCAGAAAGUGCUUGUUGAAAACACCAAGACCUUUCUCAAGCCCAAUUUGAACUCAUCAACACUGCACCCAGAACAGGUUUUUACCAGUUAGAUGACAAAUAACAGUGAACAACUCUCUUAAGUUAUUGCAGAUGACUUUAUUAAAGAAGGCAAGCCAAACUCCACAAAUCUCAGAAGGAUACUAAGUGAACAGCUAAUUCACCAUUGCAAGUAUAAGACGUGCACUGUCAAAGUACAUGUAAAAGCUGUUCAUGCUGUAUCUAUCUGAAGAGUGAAAAUGGGUCUAGUAUCUACAAUACCCAGACUGAGCUGAUAAGUAAGAUGCAGGAGCAGUUUUGCACUGGCAGCUGGAUUGCCAGACACCAAACCUUAAGAUCUGAAAUAAUGCUAGGCAGAUAUGUUUAAUGAAAUACACCUUUAAAGUUAGGUGUCGUAACCCCAAAGUGAAGCCCAUCCCAGAUAUCCUCAUUCAAAUGGAUGAAUCGUGCCCUAAAAGUGCUUGCCAUCGACUGUAACAGAAUCUGCACCAGUGGAGAAACCUGCAUCAUGGAUGACUAAAGUCGAGCUGGAUCAACCUCAUUCCCACAUAGUUCAUCACCAGUUCGGAGGAAGUGCUGGACUCCCUGACAUUUUCCCUGGAAAACUCCACCAUUGUGCUUGUCUAGAUGGCAAGUAUGUGCUAAUCCUCUCUGAGACACUUCUUAUUCCCAGCACACAGGCAAAGCGGAUGUAAAGGAAAAAGCAUGUGAACAGAAAACAUAAAAUCCUGAAAAACUUCUGAUUGAUCCCUUUAUCUGGUAAUGUGACAGCAAGCAGGAGAGAGAAAGACUUUCUACUUCUGAUAUAUGUCAAAUUACACAUUUGUAAAUGUAUGAGAAAGAAAAACACACAACAAACAACAGCAAAACCCAACACGCUUCUUCAAACUACUGCUAUGUAUGUAUUCUCUCAAUAUCUACACAUAUACACAGAUACAUAUGUAUUUGAAUUUUGGGAUACCCAGUGAUUUUGUUAGUCUGAGACAAUUUUAAGAAAAUGCUGGGUAGCUGCAAACUGAAUUCUUCAGCUGAAGAGCAUUUAAACAAGAAGAUUUCAAUCUGCCCUUCUGCACACAGUUUUUGAAUUCCUUCUUCAGCAUGCUGUCUUCAAAAAUAAACAGCAUUCUUUGAAUUUAUUAAAAAACACAUAAAAUAGUAGGUCUGUGGGAAAGGAGAGCAGAAAGGCAAAGUUCUGAUCACUGACGACUUCAGUAAUCCCAGGAUAAUUCUUAAUUCUCUUUGAAGCCAGUGUAGUUUUUUUUCCCCUCUUAAUUUCAACAGGAAGAAGCCAAGGACUCAUCCCCAAGUGUGAUAACCUCUGCUGUUAAAAAGCCAUAAAAUAUAUUUAUAUUUUCCUGGUAUUGUUCUGUUUAGACAGGUUUAGGUUUACUCGUGAGAUUUCUUCCCACACUAAACAUAAUUGCUGUAUCACACUCCUCUCUUGUUAUUCUGCUCCUAAAAAUAGUGUUUGGAUGUUAUGAUGUUAAGAUGGGGCCUGGAAGCAGCAAAUGUAAAUCUUGUAGCUCUGCAGCCAACUUUUCAGGUGAUUGUGGGCCGGUUGCUUGGUUGAUUUCUUGGAUAGUGAAGCACCCACUCUAGAAAACACCAUUGCAGGAGGGUUUACUGCUAAUGUUAUAGGGUAAAAUUUAAUGUAAUCAUGCAAAUCUGCUGACAGCUGUAAAAGAUGUACUUAUGCACAAUAUAAACCAUCUGAAUAUAGUUUAUAUUUCAUACAGGAUCCACAGUAUUUUUCAUAGUGAAUUAAAACCAAAUGCCAAUAAAGAUCCUUGGAUACCUAUCCCUCCACAUGAAAAUC